AUGUCAUUAGCUUAAAAGCUUCAUAGUCUUUCAACUUGGUUGUCUCUUCAUUUAGUAUCUACCUAGAACUAUGUGUCGUGCAAUUGUAUUCGCCUUAUUUUUCUUCAAAUUCAUCGGUCUGGCGACAUUCUCCGUGAUCACUAUUAAUCGAAAGAAAAAGCAUCAAAAGAGAACUGUACACUUCGUUUCGACCAAAUUAGGAACAUGUUACAAUGUAUCAAUCGCCUGUUUUAUCAUCGCAUCGAAUUACUUCACAAUACCGGUCGUUUAUUAUGAAGAAUAUCUGAACAAAACGAUUGUAACUACAGCUAUUGAAAUUGCUGAAGGAGUAUUAGGCAGUAUAAUUACAUUCAUAAUUGUAUUAUGGUACUGCGUGAAUCAAUCGAUCUUCGUAAAGUUUGGAAACAGUUUGGUCGAAAUCCUGGAGGAAUUAUAUCGGCUACGAGAACCGGUGAAUCGGAAACAAAUCGUUUUUAUUUUACUAUCUAUCUAUUUAUUCGAAUUAGUAUUAUUUCUUGCUAUUGUAAUUAGCGAUUAUGUAGCAUUUCAUAGCCACCCAAUCUCGUGGAUGGCGACUAUUGUUCCAAUGAGCGUUGUGAGCUGGGUCUUCAUUCAAUAUUACUCCGUGCUGAUCGUGUUGCACGUAAUGUACGCGAAUUUAAACAAAAUUAUCCAAAAUAUUUAUGUGUAUAGAACCGGGGACGCGAAUUGUUUGUAUCGGUGCCGUCGUGUGUUUAUUAACAGUACCGGGAUUCAGUCUCUUCUGAACCUUCGAUGUAUUCACGCUCUCCUCUGCGAUAUUUCCGCUCAAGUUUCGCAGUUUUACUCAUUGCCCAUUCUUCUGGGGACAUUCCUCUUGUUCAUCUCUUUAUUAUACAAUGUGUAUUACUUUAUCGAACCGUUCAUGGUCGAUAAUGUAAUCAUGGAAACGUCGAUUGUACUAAAUACUGUGGUUUGGAUAAUCUUUCUUCUGUAUCCACUCGGAUUGUUGACCACCAGAGUGACGAAACUGGAGAACGAGAUCGGACGAACCGGGAGUAUCGUGCACGCAUUGCUGAAUUAUGCGAUUGAUAAAGAAGUGAGAACCGAGCUCAAACUGUUUUCGCUUCAGUUGCUGCAUCGGCAGAUCAAGUUCACGGCCAUUGGAUACUUCGUUCUAGACAACACGCUUUUUCAAUCGGUGCUUAGUACGACGACGACGUAUUUGGUGAUUCUAAUUCAGUUUGAAAUGGGUGGACCGGAACCGAUCGACUGUAACUGCAACCACACGUGCAAUUGUAAUGAACAUUAACAUUUUAGCGAAGGAAGAAUUUAACCGUGUGUUAAAAGAAAAAGGAAUGAAAAUUCGUCUAUGUUAGAAACUGGUAAAGUGUACAUACAGGGUGGUCGACAAAAGGUGGGAGAUCCUUUUAGGAGCGAUUCUAGGGAUCAAAAUAAGAUGAAAAUCAAGAAUGACGAAAUAGCGUUUGCGACUUUGUUUUCUAGUAAUUAUCGUUUAACAAUUCGAGCAAAAAGCGCCUAAAACCGGCAACCUGCCUUGCGCCGACGACUGAACGUCAGGUCAGCAGGGGUCUGUACAGUCAUAACCAAGAAUCGAAGCCAAAUGCCGCAGUACCGAGAAACAAAAUAGCACGACGUAAAUUUCUACUGUUCAAUGAUUCUUGGUUAUGACUGUAUCGACCCCUGCUGACCUGACAUUCAGACGUCGGUGCCAGGCGGGUCACAGGUUUUAGGCGCUUUUUCCUCGAAUUUUUAAACGGUAAUUAUUGCAAAACAAAGCCACAAACGCCAUUUCGUCAUUCUUGAUUUUCGUCUUAUUAUGAUCCCUAGAAUCACCCCUAAAAAAAUCUCCCACCUGUUGUCGAACACCCUGUAUAAAUAUCCUAUUUUCUUUCUUUACUUCCUAUACGUUUUUACUUGAUCAAUGUCUCUUUAAGUAGUUAUAAUGUGAUUACUUUUUAAGUGUUAAAAAGUAUAAAUAUUUUGAAAAAAAAA